UUUUAUUUUUUUAAUCACUGGUCGUUUUAGACAUCAUCUCAAAAUUUACGAACUCCCGCCAAAACUCAUUCGCCGGAAUAAAGUUCUCCAUGUCGACGAAUUGUGAUCUCCCUCCGCAUCUCCGCCUCCAAUCACUGGAGUUUUUAAUCGAAUCCGCUCAUGAACUUGAAGUUACUCCACUCGUCAAGUACACUGCGUUGUCUCUCUUCGCUGAUCGAUUCUUCCGUUCUUUCUCCAGGUUUGUUGGACAAAAAAAUCAGAGAAAUUUGCUUUUGCAAUCCAUAACAGAGAGCAAUCUGCAGUUAUUUGCACUUAUUUCUCUAUGGAUUUCUAGCAAAAUGCAUGAUUCUCGUCCAUUGUCUGUCAAAACUUUGAAGAUUUUAAGCCAUAAAACCAUUAAAGAACAGCAUUUUACAACUCGAGAUUUCUUGGAAGCGGAGGUGGUCUUUUUGCAGGUGCUGAAUUAUGAGAUUGGUGCUGGAAAUAUUGUUUUUAAAUUUCUUGAAGAUCUUCUUGAUCAGUUCAGGGAAGUGGCAAAAGUUGGAGAACUAGUGAAAUUUGAGGCAUGCAUGGAUAUAAUGGAUCUUCUGUACGAAAAGGAGGAGACGUCAAUUCUUUACAGUUCUCCUUACUCGCUUGCUGCAUCCAUCUUGGUUGCUUCAUAUGUUAUCACAGUUCCUAAUCGGAGAUGGAAAUUCCCUGUUCUUGCUUGGGUUAAGUUUGCAACCUCAUUCAAAGAAGAGGAUAUUGUUGAAAUUGUCAGAGACAUUCUUAAGCAUGUGUUUGAGCCUAUUGAUAAGAGAUGCAAAGUAAUGGAGGAAAAGACAUUCUUUUAAGGAUUUUGUGGCUUGAUUUCUUAGAUCGUUCAAGAAUGUUUAGCGAUUGUUCGGGCUUUCGAAGUAAUCUCUUGUAGAUCUACGAUUUGAAAAGCUAUUGAUCUAUCUUCUUAAAAUUUCAUUUACAAGAUGAUCGGAAAUACAAACAUUCAAAGGAACAAGCGGGUCGUGUAUGGCCGGUCUAUCGGAGUAAAGGGCAUAUCCAAGUCCCGCUCCAACGGAACUCUUGCUUCUCGUUUCGUCAAAAAUUUAUACGGAAUCUAUAGCUAGAUUUGCCGCUCCUUCGAUUUACUUAGCUUGUAUGAUAGUUUUGUUAGUUUUUUAGAUCUACAAAUUGAAAGAUCAUAUUUUAAUUUUGUGAUAUGACUUUCUUUAUGUAAUUUAAUCUUGAUUAAUGGAUUCUAACUA